CAGCUGGUAAGAGUGUACGAUUGUGAGUGAUAAACAACAAAAACAUACAAUUAUGGCUGCUUAAUUCUUCAAACAAUAUUUUAACUCUUGGAAUAUCUGGUUUUUUUGUACUUUGAACAAUCAUCGUGCCCUCAGCUCUUUUAAAAUGACGUCGGCUUUGUAUUUAGAGCACUAUCUUGAUGGAUUGGAGCACUUACCGAAUGAGCUGAAGCGUAACUUCACGUUGAUGCGAGAUUUGGACUCUCGAGCCCAGGUUCUCAUGAAAUCUAUCGACGAGAAGGCUAAUGAAUUUAUGAAGCAAUUGGUAAACACCAAAGAAAACUUUCCGGAGGACGUGAAAAAGGAGAAGCUUCGCACAAUCCAGGAACUGUUUAAUAAGGCUAAGGAAUAUGGCGACGACAAGGUGCAGCUAGCCAUUCAAACAUAUGAGCUAGUAGAUAAACACAUUCGCCGAUUGGACUCGGAUCUUGCUCGGUUUGAGGGAGAAAUUCAGGACAAAACGUUGAAUGCUCGAGAGAAAUCGGAGGAACAGGUUACCAAAAAGGGUGGCCGGAAAAAGGUGAAGGAUGUGAAGAAUUCAGCCAAAAAGAAACGUGCCGCUUCUUCCGAGGAUGAGGGAAGGGCAGCUGGAGCGACUGGAACCGGAGUUAGCGGAGCUACGAGUGGAAAUACCAGCGCCAACGGUAAAGGCAAGAACAGCAAGAAGCAGAAGGUAAAUCAAGAAAAAGAAGGCCGCAAAGGUCAUAAGAAAAAUGCAGAACUGGACGAUAGUGCACAGGAUGGUGGUCAUGGUACUCCACACCCUAGUGAUGUUCUUGACAUGCCGGUCGAUCCGAACGAACCCACAUACUGCCUGUGUCACCAGGUAUCGUACGGCGAAAUGAUCGGUUGCGAUAAUCCAGAUUGUCCCAUCGAAUGGUUCCACUUUGCUUGUGUCGGGCUGACUACCAAGCCGAAAGGGAAAUGGUUCUGCCCGAAGUGUUCGCAGGAUCGGAAGAAAAAGUAGACUUCGACAUUGGCCACCAGCUUUCUCAGUUUCUUUCAUGUCUAAAUUAGUAUGUGUAGUUUGCUAAGUGAAGUAUUGUUGUAUGGGGUGGGUAAUUUCCUAAGAACUAUUUUAAACGAGUGCGAAUGUUUCGGACGUGAAUGUUUGGAAAAUAUAGUGAUGCUCUUGUAUUCCUACUUA